AUGAGUCCUGUCUGCGGACUGACACGAGCUCUGCUCGGCAUCCUGCUGCUUCUUCAGCCGGUGCUUGGAAUCCCUGCUGCAGAUGUGCUCCCCCGAGCCGCCGCAUCAGUCUGCAACGGGUGGGCAGAGUAUUGCUCGCGAUCCUACUCGAGUGUCACCUUUGUAGGCUCUCAUGACUCUGCUUUUGUUGGAGAUCUUCCCCAGCAAAACCAGAAUCUUGAUGUCACGGCACAAUUGAAUAUGGGUAUUCGAUUUCUGCAGGCGCAAACACAUCAUUCCCUCUUCGACGAUAAUGUCUUGGAGCUGUGCCACACCUCUUGUCUUCUUGAGGACGCGGGUACUCUGAAGUCUUUCCUUGGUACCGUGAAGGCCUUUCUAGAUGCCAACGCAAACGAGGUUGUCACACUCCUCCUCACAAACGGCGAUUCUGUCAGUAUCACCGAGUUCGGUAGCACCUUCUCGAGCAGCGGGAUUGAUAGCUACGCCUUUGCACCAUCCUCCAGCCCAUUGUCUAUUGGCGAUUGGCCGACUAUCGGUGAUUUGAUCUCGAGCGGGAAGAGAUUGGUCGUUUUCCUGGACUACGGUGCCGACACGAGCAAAGUAAACUACAUCCUCGACGAAUUCGCCUACUACUUUGAAACCCCCUACGACGUCACCGAUUCGAGUUUCUCGGGCUGCAGCAUCGACAGGCCGUCAGGUGCCUCCGCCUCCGGCCGUAUGUACAUUGUCAACCACUUCCUCGACGUGGACAUCCUGGGCGUGAAAGUGCCAGACCGUGAUGCAGCGGCCACAACGAAUGCAGCGACUGGCAAAGGCAGCAUUGGCGCACAGGCUGCAGUGUGCGAGGCAUUAUAUAACAGGGCGCCGAACGUUGUGUUGGCGGACUUCGUGGAUAAAGGGAAUGUUAUUGAGGCACAGAAUGAGUUGAACGGGUUCUAG